UGGACGUCAGAGACUAGCUGUAUAGAGGGUGUGGAAGAAAGAGAGAAGAUUACAGCCUCUUCUCAUCCACAUCUCUCCCCUUCUUAUUUUUUUUUUACAAGAAAAAACUACCAGCUUGUUUGUUUGGGUGAUGCCAAAGGCAAGAAGAAAUUAAAGCAGCAGUUGAAGCUUUUAAGCAGAAAAGAGUAUUCAUCAGGACUUUGAUGAUUCAACAAAUUAACACAACAUGUCCAUUUUAACUUGUGAAGAAGCUGCUGCAAGUUUAUCUUCUUCUAACAAUAUGAAUAACGAUACUAAAGGAGCCAUAUUUUAUCCAUCUCAUGAGCAUCACUUAGUUACUCCACAAUAUCAAAGUCCACCUCAACAAAUCAAGAAAAAGAGAAACAAACCAGGCAAUCCAGAUCCAGAAGCAGAAGUGAUAGCUUUAUCGCCCAAGACACUAGUAGCAACCAACAGAUUCUUUUGUGAAAUUUGUAACAAAGGGUUUCAAAGAGACCAAAAUCUACAACUCCAUAGAAGAGGACACAACUUGCCAUGGAAGCUGAAGAAGAGAGAAAAUAAGGAAGUAGCGAGGAAGAAGGUUUAUGUUUGUCCAGAGUCGAGUUGUGUGCAUCAUGACCCGUCUAGGGCUUUAGGGGACCUUACUGGAAUUAAGAAGCAUUUUAGCAGAAAACAUGGUGAAAAGAAGUGGAAAUGUGAGAAAUGUUCAAAGCGUUAUGCAGUUCAAUCUGAUUGCAAAGCUCACUUCAAGACUUGUGGCACUAGAGAAUACAAAUGUGAAUGUGGUACUAUUUUUUCAAGACGAGAUAGUUUCAUAACACACAGAGCAUUCUGCGAGACUUUAGCUGUAGAGAGUGCAAGAGCAGGAAAUGCAACAAUUUUGUCAUCUCAAAUGAAUCUCCACUUCCAACAACCUCAGUACUUUCAUCAUGAACAGAUUCCAGCCAUGAAAAAAGAGCAGCCAAUUAGUGAUCAUUUCAGACAUAUUGAGAUUCCUCCAUGGCUAAUGACUACUAAUUCCCAACCAUUUCAGCUUGGACCUGCUAAUCCUGCUCCUUCACCACCCAAUAAUUUUAGCUCAUCAGCUACUACUAGGUUAGAUCAACAAUACACGCAGAGCCAUAAAGAUUUAAAUAUUCAUGAUCACAACCCAAACCCUAAUCUCACAGGAACAGGAGAAUCAGGUGCGGUCUCUCCAGUACACAUUUCUGCAACCGCGUUGUUGCAGAAAGCAGAUUUUGGUUCUACAAUCUUUAACAAAGCAAGUGCUGUCUCUGCUUCUUACACAGGCCCAGGCUCAGCCAAACUACCCCACAAUACUCACGUGUCUGUUACUAGUACUGAUUCUGCUACCAAACAAACUGGUCAGAAUUUGUCAGAGCUGAUGACCACUGCAAAUAUAAGUGGAAUGAUGACAUCUUUUUCUAAUUUUGCUAAUACUGGGUUCGAAGGGUCAACGUUUGAAGAUGCGAUAUUAUUUGGUGGAUUUAGCAAUUUGAAUUCAAAGAAAGAAGAGGAUGAUCAGCAGCUCUACUUCAACGGAACUAAUCUGAAUGAGGAGGAUCAUAUGACCAAAGAUUUCUUGGGUUUAAGAACUCUCUCUCAUACUGAUGAUAUUUUCAACAUUGCUGCUCUUGUUAAUACUGAAACCCAUAACUUUAAUAAUCAUAAAACUUGGCAAAGUUAAUUAGAAUCAUCUCUUUUUGAGCUAGUUAGAAAGUAAUACUCCUAUGUAUUGUACGCACUUUUGAAGCAACUCUAUCGGUCCGCGGAUGAAUUCAAAUAUUA